AAUUUUUGCUAGUUCUCAAUAGCCGACGAAUAAUUUUCCUGCAAGAAGCAAUCCUCUCGUGAAAUUUAUCAAACACCAAAAAUGAACUUUUCCAGAGUCAUUGUUCGCAGCCUCACCACCUCCGGUGUCCAACGUACCGUUGCCAAAGGAGAAGUAGAAAAGGGCUACUUUGAACUCAAAAAAGUACAAGAACAUUUCCAAAAGAAGGAUGGCAAACCUGUCUUCUUGAAGGGUUCCACUUUCGAUCAAGUCUUGUACCGUCUCACCGUUGCCCUCGCUUUGGUCGGCGUUGGUGGUAUGGGAAAAUUGUUCUAUGAUUUGUCGGUCCCCAAGUCCGAAUAAAUACAGUUUAUGUGUUUAGUAAAA